CUAAUAUCUGAUGAUAAGCUUGUUUAAAAAACAUGUGACGAUAAUCUUGGGUUUCAUUAAAAAAAAAUUAAUUAUAUUUAACUUUCAUUCAUGACAAUUGGCGCAUUGUGUACUUUCCACCUAACUCUUAUAUAGUGCUCAACAAACUCCGAAAAUAAAUCACAUGUAAAUAUUAAAAAAUGAGUCACAUUAACGCUGGGGUUUGUCGUUCAGGAUCUCCAGUGAUAUAUAAAAAGUUUAUAUCACAUGGAGUAUUAAUUAAAAAUAUUAAGUUUUUAUCAAAUAAAAUAAUAAUAAGUCAAUGAAAGCCAACUGGUUCACUCGGUAAAGAUUAUCAGUUCCAUAGUCUAAUAAUCCCCACUCUUUACGUUAAAGCCCUAGCUUCCCCUCUCUCUAUAUAUAAGCUAUUCUAGCUACGGAUCUUUUCAAUUCUCAGAAUACGAUAAGCCCUAAAUACUUUCUGCGUAUUCAUCAUAUUAGUUUUCUUAACUUGGCUUAGAAAAAUGGCAAUUAAGGUUGCACUUGUAGUCGCACUCUUUCUAAUGUCAUGCGCUAUUUCAAAGGGAAGAUCCCUUGGAUUUUCGACCAAGCAACUUGAUCGUUAUAGUUUUCCUCCUAAUUUCAGUUUUGGUGUUGGUUCUUCAGCUUAUCAGUAUGAAGGUGCAGUCGCAGAAGGAGGGAGGACGCAAAGCAUUUGGGACAACUUCACACAUGCAUAUCCAGAAAGGACGAAUAUGGACAAUGGAGAUAUAGCCGUUGAUUUUUAUCAUCGAUAUAAGGAUGACAUCAAGUUGAUCAAGGAAAUGAAUAUGGAUACUUUUAGAUUUUCCAUCUCUUGGUCAAGAAUUUUACCAAGUGGAAAACUAAGCGAUGGGGUAAAUAACGAAGGAAUUCAAUUCUACAAAAAUCUCAUUGAUGAAAUCCUAAAAAACGGAAUAAAACCUUUUGUAACUAUCUAUCAUUGGGAUAUCCCUCAAGCUCUGGACGAUGAGUACGGUGGAUUUUUAAGCCCUCGAAUCAUUGAUGAUUUCCGGAACUUUGCAAGAGUCUGCUUUCAAGAAUUCGGUGACAAGGUCGAUAUGUGGAUAACGUUCAACGAGCCUUAUAUUUAUAGUGUUGCGGGUUAUGACAAAGGCAAUAAAGCAAUGGGACGAUGCUCAAAAUGGGUAAACAGCUUAUGUGUAGCUGGUGAUUCGAGCACCGAACCUUAUGUAGUCUCUCAUCAUCUUCUUCUAGCUCAUGCUGCAGCUGUUGAAGAGUUUAGAAAUUGUGACAAGAUCUCCCAAGAUGGUAAAAUAGGCAUAGUGUUAUCACCAUUUUGGGUCGAACCUUAUGAUGUUAAUUCCCAUGCUGAUAAAGAAGCAGUUGAACGAGCUCUUGACUACUACCUUGGUUGGCAUCUCGAUCCUCUAAUCUUUGGAGACUAUCCAAAAGCAAUUAAAAGAAACGCUGGAAAAAGAUUGCCUUCGUUCACCAGAAAACAGACUGAAAUGAUAAGAAACUCGUUUGAUUUUAUUGGAAUAAAUUACUACAGUGCUCGAUAUGUCACACGCCAGCUUCAGAGCGACCCUUCACGACUUCGUUUCACCACAGAUCAACAUGUGGAGUACAAAGUGACAAAUCGUGACGGCGACUACAUUUCCUCAGAAUCGGAUGAACUCAAAUUUAUCUAUGUAUAUCCUGAGGGCCUACGAAAGCUUCUAAAUCAUAUUAAAAAUAAAUACAACAACCCAACUAUCUACAUAACUGAAAAUGGAUAUGAUGACUACGAUGUUGGGACAGUCCCACGUGAACAACUAUUAAAAGACACAAAGAGAAUAGAGUACCACGAGAAACAUCUUCAAGAACUACAUAAAGCCAUCACUGAGGAUGGGUGCGACGUUAGAGGCUAUUCCGCAUGGUCGUUGUUGGAUAACUUCGAAUGGGAACAUGGAUACACGAUGAGAUUUGGUCUAUACUACGUUGAUUAUGCAGAUGAUCUAAAACGAUAUGCUAAAGAUUCAGCCAAGUGGUUCAAAAAGUUCGUGGAGAGAAAGGAGCAAGCAACACCGUCGGAUCUGUUCAAGAGCAUCAAGAAAUGGUGGUCUGCUUUGCAGAUGGUCUAACUUCUUUGAAGAAUGAAUCAAAGCAUGAGAAACAAACAACUAGAGUCCUUGUUCUAUAGGAAAUUAUAUAUAGAAAUUAGAUAUACAUGUUUGCAACGUACACAAUCAUUCUUUUAAAAAGUUAAUUUGUAAUUUUUGUUGCAGUACUGCUCCAGACACAGUAAAUAUUGGAUGUCUGUA